AUGGACGUACAAAAUGGCAGCAUUAUCCAUGGGGAACGUUCUAGUCAAACUGAAGAGAAGGAUGAAUUCGAAGCUACAGAAAGGCUAAUGCAAGUUAUGGAUCAAGCUCUUCUAGCAACUAUUCGUCAGGAAGAACCGAAAUAG